GACCCUGCAACCGCAUCCAUUGUCGGCGCUCGCCACAGCCUCGGGAUUUGUCUUGUGGCUUUGCGUAACCCAUUCCCCCUGAUAUUGACAAAAUCUUCUGUUUGUUCGCAUUCGCCCCGCAUUCACCUUCAACGUCGCGCGCUGCAGCGCUUUCAUGGCUGUCGACGAUUGACGACGCCUCUGCAACCGCCAAUAUGGUCAAGGCUGCCCCUGCCACCGGGCCCGGCAUCUACAGUGCCACGUACAGUGGGAUUCCUGUAUACGAGUAUCAGUUCGGUGCGGACCUAAAGGAGCAUGUGAUGCGACGUCGCCAUGAUGAUUGGAUCAAUGCGACACACAUUCUAAAAGCGGCCGGCUUCGACAAGCCCGCGCGGACGAGGAUAUUGGAACGGGAUGUGCAAAAGGAUGUCCACGAAAAAAUACAAGGCGGCUAUGGCAAAUAUCAGGGUACCUGGAUCCCCCUCGAUGCCGGUCUGGCCCUCGCCCAAAGGCACAGCACGUUCGACCGGAUACGGCCCAUCUUCGAGUUUGUCCCGGGUGACGAGAGUCCGCCGCCUGCGCCCAGGCAUGCCACUAAGCCCAAAGCCUUCAAGUCCAAACCGCCUCCUGCUGCUCCCAAAUGGGGUGCCAGUAAGCGUCCAGUGCCGCCAGCAUUGAUGCAAGGUGCCUCGCUCACGCCCUCGGGUUCAGUGAUGAUGCACGAUGAGUAUGAUAAUGGUGACACCGUGAUGGGCGGCGAGGAGGAUACGCCUGAUAAUCUAACAGUGGCGUCCGCAUCGUACAUGGCUGAGGAUGAUCGCUUUGACAUGUCGCACAUGUCCACCGGGCAUAGGAAGCGCAAGAGGGAGGAGCAGAGCCUUCAGGACCUGACGGAGCAGCAGCACGCGGUUUACGGCGACGAGCUUCUCGACUACUUUCUGCUAUCUAGAAAUGAGCAGCCAGCCGUCAAGCCCGACCCGCCACCCAACUUCCAGCCCAACUGGCUGAUCGAUGCGGAGAACCACACAGCUUUGCACUGGGCAUCUGCUAUGGGCGAUGUCGAUGUCAUCAAACAGCUGAAGCGUUUCAACGCCGGAGUUGCUGUCAAGAAUAUUCGCGGCGAGACACCCUUUAUGCGCUCCGUCAACUUCACCAACUGCUAUGAGAAACAGUCGUUCCCCGCGGUCAUGAAGGAGCUCUUCGAGACGGUUGGCGCUCGGGACAAUGCCGGUUGCACUGUCAUUCACCACGCGGCCGUCAUGAAGAAUGGGCGUGUCUUCAGCCCGUCGUGCUCGAGAUACUACCUAGACCUUAUCCUCAAUAGGCUCCAGGAGACACUGGAGCCGGCCGCAUUCCAGCAGCUGCUCGACAUGCAGGACAGCGAGGGAAAUACGGCGCUGCAUCUCGCCGCGCAGAGAAAUGCGAGGAAGUGCAUUCGCGCCCUGCUGGGUCGUAAUGCGUCGACAGAUCUAACGAAUAAUGAAGGCGUCCGCGCCGAAGACCUCAUCAUGGAGUUGAAUGCUUCCAAAAAGGAUCGCGGGCCGCAGCGCUCGUCGUCGCCGUUCGCGCCAGACUCUCAACGUCACGUCUCCUUCCGAGACGCCUUUGCCGACAACACCAACAAGUCGAGAAAGCCGCCGCAGUCGUUCCAAUCAGCCGCCGCCACGACCGUACAGUCGCGGAUAUCUCCUUUAAUUAUGGAAAAAUUUCAAGAUCUGGCCAAGAGCUACGACGAGGAGUGGCACGAGAAGGAUGUGGCCGAAUCGGAGGCGCACCGCAUUCUCACUAACACGCAGGCGGAACUCAAUGUUGCGCGGCAGCAGAUUGCCGAGCUGGAGGCCCAGAUGGAACCUGACGAUGUGGCGGGCAAGGUAAUGAACGAGGCCAACCUCGCCAAGCACCAGGUCUUGUCCCUCAUUACGCACCAAAACCGCCUGAACAUCCAUCGGACCGUCGAGGCGGAGCUUGCCCGCAUCAACGGCGAGGCCGCUACAGCGUCAGAGGAGCCGCAACAGCCGCAGACGUACGAAGAGCGGCUGGCCCUCGCUCGUCAGCUCAGCCAAAUGCUCGCGGAGCAACGACAAAUUGAGACGGACUACGUCGACGCCCUUAGCAUGGUUGGUGUAGGCGACAAGAUCGAAAAGUACCGAAGACUCUUGAAGCGAUGUCUAGAUCCAAAGGAUGGCGAGAGCCUCGACACCAACCUCGACAGCUUGAUCGGCAUGAUGGAGGAGGAGCGGGAGGAGCACGAUGUGGACGUGCCGUCGCACGGAACCGCGGCGGUCGGCGGGCCUGAACCCAUGGACAUCGCCCUUGGGGUAUAGCGAACCCUGCCUUCCGACCCGUUCCUUUAGUUCAUGCUGGGCAGGCAGACCGCUCCCUUGCUCUUUUGACCGGAGAUGGGAUUCGUCCUGCUCCGUUUCACUCCAUGGUUCUGCGAGGACCCCAAUCGUCAUUUACAACAGUUUCUUCUUUCUUGUUUCGGGCGCAUUUAACAGGAGGUGCGCGUGUCACGCGCAGUCGUGGCUUGGUCGCCGCGAGCUGGGCUUUGCCGAGAUGCAUUUUUGGGUGCGGCUCUUGUGUCGGCUUCUGGAGCCUUUGCUUUUUAUUCGUUACGAGGUACGAGGCGGAGCAGCAAACCGCGGCGUGUGGGUGGUGGCAUUGUGUGUAUCAGCGGGCGAAGCUGGUCAAGGUAUCGGCGAGUAUUGGUACUUGUUGUAGCUGCCUGGCAGGGGGGGCAGGCAGGGCACGUCGGUCCCGCGUGUUGGAGCUGGCGUAACGGAGAGGCUGAGCUGAUCACAGCCAUGUUGUAGUUGAUCCAGUUCUUCGAGGUAACACAUGUAUAUUGAGCCGGGACGUGGAUCUAGCAGAG